UCCCCUCCUUCUCACGCGCGUUAUUACCACGAGGAGUGCCCAAUCAAACGCGCAUCUCAUCGAUUCGGAGACUCUCGGUGGAUUUUCGAAGGCGCUUGGACAAAAAUACGCGAACGAGCCGACGCGCGGGCGACAAGUCUGUCCAUCUCUGCCUUCCAACCUUUGUCCUCUUUUCUGUUCGCUCGUUGUAAAAAAAAAAGAUGGACAUUUGAAGACAAGGGAGUCUCGGACUCUUUGGGAUUUUCGCCGAAUGCUAUCGGCGACGCACUGAGACUACCCUGCUGCUUUUUUAAAUUGCGUGCGAUUACUGGGAUCGGAUUGCUCAUGGAUAACGCAGUUAAUCAAGCGAUUGACUUGCCUGUUGCAGCUUCCAACGCGGAGUGAGAAUCGCAUUGAGGCAGAAGCAUUUUUUCCUCCCACCGUACUGCUCGUCUUUCCGUGAUAUCCAAGCCGAGCGGAGGAGAGCGACAGAAAAAAGCCCGCUUCUUCUUCUUCUUCUUCUUCUUCAGCCUCGCAUCUGCCCGUUUUCUCUUCCGUUUGAAAUUUUUUUGUUUGAAAAUUGACGAUCUAUGCCAGCCUUCUGAAAGCGCCCCGGGUACCGCGUAGGGAAGCGCCGCUAUCAAAGACGAGCGGACCAGCUCGGAAUCUCUGGGGCGAGGAGCGAACUCUUCAGAAGCCUUAAAACCGAGCAUGCCAAGGAGAAAACAGCAAGCGCCGCGGCGCUCGGCAGCAUAUGUUCCUGAGGAGCUCAAAGAAGCUGCCUUAAUGGACGAGGACGUGGAGGGGGACGAUUCAGCAGUUGAGGAGGAGCCUGCCAUGAAGUACAUGUGCCAGGACAAGGACUUCCUCCACAAAGAUCGUCCAGGCUUCCAUGACUCGCCCGCUGCUGACUUCUCCAGCCACGAGAUGGACAGCGAGUCCCACCUUAGUGAGUCCAGCGACCGCAUGUCGGACUUCGAGAGUGCCUCGGUGAAGAACGAGGAGGACGGCACAGCCAAGGAGUCCCUUCCGUCGCUUUCCUCCGUCGCGUCCAUUAGGACGGUGCCUGCCACCCAUCCCAGCACUGAGGAAAUGACCUCUGCAGGCCUGGACAGCCUGGAGCAGAUGAAGGCCAUUUACACCAGCUUCCUGACCAAUUCCUAUUGGUCAUCCCUGAACUUGAAUGUGACACAGCCCACGUCUGAAAAACCCCCACGGAGUCACAGCAGUAGCAGCAGUAGUAGCAGCAGCAGCAGUAGCUGCGGUAGCGGUGGCUAUGAUUGGCACCAGUCGGCUGUCGCCAAAACCUUGCAGCAAGUUUCGCAGAACCAGAACCGAAUACUGCAUCCGGCAUCUGAGCCUAACCUCUUUAGCACUGUGCAGCUGUACCGGCAGAGCACCAAGCUCUAUGGCUCCAUAUUCACUGGUGCCAGCAAGUUCCGCUGCAAGGACUGCAGUGCUGCCUACGACACGCUGGUUGAGCUUACUGUACACAUGAAUGAGACAGGCCACUACAGAGACGACAACCAUGAGACAGACAGUGAGGGCACAAAGCGUUGGUCCAAACCCCGCAAGCGUUCACUGCUGGAGAUGGAAGGCAAGGAGGAUGCCCAAAAAGUCCUCAAGUGUAUGUACUGUGGCCACUCUUUUGAGUCACUACAGGACCUCAGCGUCCAUAUGAUCAAGACGAAACACUACCAGAAAGUGCCUCUCAAGGAGCCUGUGACACCCGUAGCAGCUAAGAUCAUCUCCUCAGCUCGCAAAAGAGCCCCUAUUGAGCUGGAGCUGCCAAGCUCACCAGACUCCAAUGGUGGCACACCCAAACCCUCUCUCUCGGAGUCCAGUGACCUCCUGCAGAAGACAGCGAAUCCCUACAUAACCCCCAACAACCGCUAUGGGCAUCAGAACGGCGCAAGCUACGCAUGGCAGUUUGAAUCUCGGAAAUCCCAAAUACUGAAGUGCAUGGAGUGCGGGAGCUCCCAUGAUACACUGCAGGAGCUAACAGCUCACAUGAUGGUGACAGGUCAUUUCAUCAAAGUCACCAACUCAGCAAUCAAGAAAGGAAAGCCCAUCAUGGAGUCACCCACCACCCCAGCCCCUAACACCAUGCCUCCCAGUGAAGAUAAGGUUCAGUCAGUGCCACUGGCUGCCACAGCUUUUUCUCCACCUCCGCCUGCACCUCCUCCACCUUGCGUAUCCCCUGCCAUCAGUGCUAUGGAAAUUAAGAAAGAAGAAAGGGAAGAAGAGUGCACCAAGGAAACCACUAACAGCAGCAAAGAGAAGAAAGUCACAGAAGACGAGGCUGAGGAGAAGUUUGAUGUCUCCUCCAAAUAUCCGUAUUUGACCGAAGAAGAUCUGGAAGAAAGCCCAAAGGGGGGGUUUGACAUUCUCAAGUCACUGGAAAACACAGUCACUUCUGCCAUCAACAAAGCACAGAAUGGUACACCAAGCUGGGGAGGCUACCCUAGCAUUCAUGCUGCCUAUCAGCUCCCGAACAUCAUGAAACUUUCCUUACGCAACUCAGGAAAGAGCUCCCCUUUGAAGUACAUGUUUUCUGGAGAAGAGAUCAUGUCUCCCACCAAAAGCCAAUCUCUCAUAUCCCCUCCAAGCUGCCAGACCUCCCCUUUACCCAAAAAUAACUUCCAUGCCAUGGAGGAGCUUGUCAAGAAAGUAACGGAAAAAGUGGCCAAAGUGGAGGAGAAAAUGAGGGAUCCUGGAGCAAGAGCUUCCCCACUCAGACGAACCACGCCCUCUCCUUGCAGUAGUGAGGCAGGGGAAUCCACCAGAGGCGAGUCACCCAAAGAGAGAAGAGGAGCCAAAACCCCGGAAAGCAAUGGGUCAGUGAAUGCUCACAAGGACUCCAAUGGUGAUGCCCUUCCAAAAAUGUCCCUGGAGAAUGGCACUGACCAUGCUGUCAAGACUCCUGUCACCUCCCUAUGCAGCAGCACCGCAAUUAUAACUGACCAUCCGCCAGAACAACCAUUCGUCAACCCCUUAAGUGCGCUUCAGUCAGUCAUGAAUGUCCACCUAGGCAAAGCUGCUAAACCGGCCCUCCCAUCCCUGGAUCCCAUGAGCAUGCUCUUCAAGAUGAGCAACAGUCUGGCAGAGAAGGCAGCCGUAGCUGCCUCUACACCAGCCCAGACCAAAAAGACAAAUGAGCACCUUGACCGAUACUUCUACCAUAUCAACAACGACCAGCCCAUUGACCUGACCAAAGGCAAAAGCGAAAAAAGCAGUUCCCUCGGGUCGGCUUUGCUGUCCUCGUCUACUUCGACACCUUCCUCUGUGUCACCCUCUUCAACCAUUACCAUGGCCAAGACAUCCGCAGUUGCUUCGUUCAUGUCUAACUCACCCCUGCGUGAAAAUGCCCUGUCUGACAUCUCCGAUAUGCUUCGCAACCUAACAGAAAGUCAUGUGUCCAAAUCUUCUACGCCAACCAGUCUGUCUGAGCGGUCAGAUGUAGAUGGCGCUACACAGGAGGAGCCUGAGGACAUGUCCCCAGCUCAGAAGCGCAAAGGACGACAGUCCAACUGGAACCCCCAGCAUCUGCUCAUCCUGCAAGCACAGUUUGCUUCCAGCUUGCGGCAAACAGGUGACGGCAAGUACAUCAUGUCUGACCUCAGCCCGCAGGAACGCAUGCACAUCUCUCGCUUUACCGGUCUCUCAAUGACGACCAUCAGCCACUGGCUGGCUAACGUCAAGUACCAGUUGAGGCGGACAGGUGGCACCAAGUUCCUGAAGAAUCUUGAUUCCGGCCACCCCGUGUUCUUCUGCAGUGACUGUGCUUCACAGAUACGCUCCCCUUCCACGUAUGUCAGCCAUCUUGAAUCCCACCUUGGCUUCCGGCUUAGGGACCUGGCAAAAUUGUCUGGGGAGCAGUUAGCGAGCCAGAUCUCACGCCACGCUAGGGGACUGUCUGAGAAACUGCUCACAGCUCAGGCCCACGCCCUAGCCCACUCCCUGUCCAACCCCAACACCAAUCCCAACCUGAGCCCCCACUCUCAGUCCCACUCCCCUUCUCCAUCCCCAGACGAAGAGGGCAACGGCACCACGUAUCAGUGUAAACUGUGCAACCGGACUUUUGCUAGCAAGCACGCUGUCAAACUCCAUCUGAGCAAGACUCAUGGCAAAUCCCCUGAGGACCACCUUAUGUAUGUCUGUGAACUUGAGAAACCUUAGCGCUGGUCAAAGACACACUGCUCUGUCUCCAAUGUCUCUCACAAUUUCUCUCGCUUUCUCUGAAGCCUUCUGACUAACAUUUCUUAAAACCGAGACAAACUGACAAUGACUAACAAAGAACUAACUGCACAUAGAUGCCAUAAAACUACUGUUUAGUUUCGGCACAUGAUGUGUGGGUUUUCCUCCUGGAAUAACUCAUUCCGGUCCAGAGACAUUCUCUUUCCUCCUUUUAGGUAAAAAAAGCCCCCUGAAAAUAUAGAAAAACAAAAAAAGAUAAUUUUCUAACUGUGCAGUGUUGAGUGAAGAAGUGCUGUUGUCACUGGUAAAAUAUGAAGGUAUAUAAGAAAAACUUAAAAUGAAGUUGUAUGUAUUUGAAAGUUGUGUAAAUUGGAUUCACCUUUUUUAUUUUAUUUUAAUUUUUGUUUCUUUUUUUUGGCAUCCCUGAGAUGCAGUAAGCUGCAUGCAUUGAUGAAACAAUUUAGUUUAACUUUUGAUAACUGAAUCUCUCUCUUUCCUUCUUUCUUUUUGUUAACGUGAACUAUAUAUGCUGGUGUCAGCAGACAAAAUUUAACCCUCUGAGUACGCUCAAGCACUUGUACAUUAGCAAUCCACAAUAAAGAAAAUAAAAUGAGAGAAAAAUUAUUGAUUGGGAAUACUUAGUUCAAAUGCAUUUGAGAGGCCACAUUUCUACAUAUUUCUAAACUCACAAAUCUAAAACAAAUAACAAAUAAACAAACAAAUACAAAUAAAUAAAUAAAUAAAAUACAAAAAAGGAAUAGAAAAUCAUUGCCAUGCCUGAUAUUCAAGCUUUUAACCUGAGUGGCUUCUGAUGCAAAAUGUGUGUGAAUCCAAAACAACAGUCUUUUAGUUUUCCAAAAUCAGGGGCCUUUAUUAAAUCAGGUGGUGUAAAAAUAUGUAUAUAAAAACAUAUAAACUAAUUUCUGUCUAAAUUAUGCAUCAUUUUAUAUUUUUAAUUUAAGAGGAGUAUGACUAUCUACUGGUGCACAAUAUAUGAAGACAUUAAUGAAAUUGUUUUGCACAAUAGUUUUAUAAAUGUUAUUUAAUCAGAUGUAUGGAAAUGAGAGAGAAAAAAACAUACACCCUAAACUUUUAAUUCCACCUCGUGCUCAAAGGGUUAAACUUAUUGUACAAGACAAUAUUUGUUCCAUCAUUUCUUGAACAUUUAAAAGGUUGUACAAAAGAUGCUACUUUAUAACGCAAGGAGGAAUUCCACAAUGUAACCUAUUAUUUAUAAGCACUCUUGGUUGUUGUUUCAUAUUGUAGAAUGCCUUUUUGAUUGGUAACUUUUAUGUUGUUCUGUCUAAUUAUUCUCCCAUGAUUCCACACUGCAGCUUUUUGGGAUAUGAAAGGUAACCAUGGUUUCCUUGCCUCCGAUUGACAGUUCUGCGACAUUUUUUGGCAGUUAAUUUGCUGAAAUAACUGACAGCUGCCAGUGAAUGGAAAUUUAAUGUGUAAAAUAUUGGCAUGUAAACAGCACAGGCACUGUUAUGCAUUCUGUGCCAGUGAUUCUCUGUUUUGUUGUUGUUGACAAUGAAGCACCCAUUAUAUGACUUCAUAUAACCUUUUUUUCUACUGCAGCAUUAAAAUGAAAAUGUUUUGGGAUUA